AAACGUUCUUAUCGAAUUUGUGUGCUACUCAGCUUAGAGCUGGCAAUUCGAGAAUCAAUGUCGGGCCCUCAAUAUACCGAGUUAUCAAACUCGCAGUCUCAACACCUGUGCACAUCUUUUUGGUCAAGACAUCAUCAUGGCAGUCCGAUUUGACGCAAUAAAGAAUCCUUUGGAAGAACUGGUGCAUUCGGGAAAAAACGCAGCAGAUAUUUUAUGCCCAAAGGACAACUGCAAUUGUAUGAUUUUCAGAGCGAACACAGCAACAUGGGUCGAACGUGAUGGCAGCAAAUUAUCUUUGCCUGAUAAUGUUCUGCCAGAUAACGUCGGUCCCUUGGCAGAUGACGCCAACGAAAUUCACUUUUGGCGAGUAACGAAUAUGAUGGAUUUCGAAAACGUCGGCUUCUCAAAAGCAGUAGGACCGGUCAAAUACUUAUCGUGUGCCGAUUGCGACAUUGGUCCCUUGGGGUACCACGAUACAACAACUGAACCUAAAGAGUUUCUCAUCUGUGCCCGACGAGCACGUUAUCGAUUCUAGAGGCUCCAUGAUUUGUAUUUAUCUUUUUGUACAAAAAUUCAUAUAGCUAUUAUUAUGACCAACAUUCUUCUUGAUACUGUCCUGUUUUGCUCAUCUUGUCAAAAUACUCCUCUGCUGCUGCUGCAUCAAGUCCCCCUUGCGACAUGAAUACUUGUUUGAAUGCUUCAGAAUGAUCUACCACUUACCCUGACAAUAUCACUUUGGCUUGACAUUUAUCGAUCAAAUACCACACCAAUGAUGCAUUCUC